ACCACCACCACCACCAGGACGAAACCCUACUGCACAAUCUCACCUCACCGCCCUCGCUGGCCGCGCCGAGGAGCCGCCACCUUUAAAGCCAGCCGAGCCGCCCACAGCCCACCAGUCCAGUCCAGUCCACCACCACACCGCGCACUCCGCACUCCCUCCCACGCCGCCCCCGCACUCGAGCACGAGCACCCGCCAUGGCGCGCCCCGCCCACGCCGUCGUCGCGGCGGUCCUGACCGUCGUCCUCGCGCUGGCGUCCGGCGCGGCGUCGCAGGCGCCGGCGGCGGGGCCGGCGGGGCCGGCGGGGGACUGCGGCUCCGCGCUGACGGGCCUCGCCGGCUGCCUCCCCUACAUCUCGCCGGGGGCCGCGCAGGGCAAGCCGCCCAAGGAGUGCUGCGCCGGCGUCAAGGCCGCGCUCGCCAGCCCCGCCAGCGUCGCCUGCCUCUGCGACGCCUUCGGCAAGGACUACGGCAUCCCCAUGAACCUCACCCGCGCCAAGGGCCUCCCCGCCGCCUGCGGCGGCAACCCGGCCGCCCUCAGCAACUGCAGCCUGAAACUGCCCGGCGGAGCCCCUAACGGCGCCCCUACUGAAGCACCUACACCAACUUCUGGAUCAACCCCAGCAACCAUCAGCCCAAGCCCAGCGAAAUCGGCAGCGACCAGGUCUCCCGUCUCGGCGGCAACCCUCCUCCUAGCCGCGGUGUUGGCGCCUCUGCUCUCCUACUACUACCUCUGAAGAUCCAUGGCAUGGUUUGUUCCAUGAAUUACUGUGAUGUGUAUGGGCAUUGCGCCACGAUUUAGUGACUACUUUGUGGAGAGAACUUAUUCUGCUAGCUGUUCGGUUUAGCUUACUGUUGCCUGAACUACGAAUUCUUAUUGGCACCAAGUAGUUGUACUAUAUUUGCAUGGUGUCUUGCGAAUAAAGUUGAUAAAUGCCGUAGCUA